GUAAAGAACGUGUCAGAAAGUUUCAACUUCGCAGUUUCUAAAAAUAACUAAUUUAUUGCAACCACAAACUUAGUGUUAAGAACUACUUCCGGUGUCAAAAGUGAAGUCUUCCUGCUGACGAGGCGGAGAAUGAAGAUGGCCACGAUUAACCAUAGUACUAUGUCUCUAACCAAACUAUUCUUCAUUCUUGUCGCUAACUUCUUCACCCAGUUCUGGACAACCCAAGCAGCAGGGAGGACUCUUGUUCUGCUUGAUAACACAAACAUCAGGGAAACGCAUUCGCUCUUUUUUCGUGAUCUUGCAGAUAGAGGCUUUGAACUCUCGUUUAAAACAGCUGAUGAUCCAGGGCUGUCCUUGAUAAAAUAUGGAGAAUUCCUUUAUGAACACCUGAUUAUCUUUUCACCGUCAGUAGAAGAUUUUGGAGGGAAUAUCAACGUUGAAACCAUCACUGCAUUUAUUGAUGGGGGUGGAAAUGUCCUUGUUGCAGCAAGUUCUGAUAUUGGUGAUCCCUUACGAGAGCUGGGCAGUGAAUGUGGCCUUGAGUUUGAUGAAGAGAAGACUGCAGUCAUUGACCAUCAUAAUUUUGAUGUUUCUGAUCCUGGACAGCACACCCUCAUCGUUGCUGAUCCUGAGCACUUGUUAAAAGCAACUACGAUUGUUGGGAAACCUGCUAGAAACCCCAUUCUCUUUAGGGGUGUUGGCAUGGUGGCUGAUCCUGACAAUCCUCUCGUUUUGGAUAUUUUGACUGGCUCCUCGACAUCUUACUCCUACUACCCAGACAUGCCUGUUACACAGUAUCCACAUGCUGUUGGAAAAAACACGCUCCUGAUAGCAGGCCUUCAAGCAAGGAAUAAUGCUCGUGUUGUAUUCAGUGGUUCCCUGGAUUUCUUCAGUGAUGAAUUCUUCAGUGCUCCUGUACAGAAGGCAGUUGGAGACUCUCAGAGGUUUGCCAAAACUGGUAACUAUGAACUAGCGGUUGCUCUUUCCCGCUGGGUAUUUAAAGAAGAGGGAGUACUGCGUGUUGGAAAGGUGUCCCAUCACCGUGUUGGAGAGACCGAACCCCCUAGUGCCUACACCAUCACCGAUCUUGUGGAGUACAACAUUGUGAUUGAAAAACUUUCUGAUGGUAAAUGGAUCCCAUUUGACGGAGAUGACAUCCAGCUGGAGUUUGUUCGUAUUGAUCCUUUUGUGAGGACUUACCUGAAAAGAAAUGGUGACAAAUACAGUGUGCAGUUUAAACUGCCGGAUGUAUAUGGAGUCUUCCAGUUCAAAGUUGAUUAUAACAGGCUGGGAUACACACACCUAUACUCUUCCACACAGGUGUCUGUACGGCCUUUGCAACACACGCAGUAUGAACGGUUCAUCCCUUCUGCAUACCCAUAUUAUGCAAGUGCCUUUUCCAUGAUGGUUGGUUUAUUCUUGUUCAGUAUCAUCUUUUUGCACAUGAAAGAAAAGGAGAAAGCUGACUGAAGUGGAACUUGAAUGAUGCUUUAAGUCUGUUUUGUAAUCAAAUCUGUUUCUGUUUUAAGCAGGCAGUUGGAGUAUAGUGCUUGGUUUCCAGGGUCGGCUUUGGGUUAUUUUUGCUGUUUUGUACUCCCACUCAAGUGGGACAGAUAACUAGCACUGAAUUGUACACCACCUCUGAAUGCAGCCUGCAUUGUUAUGAAUGUUUAACAGUGCAGCAGUGAUGCCACUUGUAAAUUUGUCUUGUUAAUGUUUAAUUAUUGUACAUUUGUAUUUUCACACUAUUUUCCCAGUUUGGUUUAUUAAGACAGUUUUACUAAAUAAAUGUCACAUUCCAC